CACAGAGCGCUAGUGAUUGCGGCGCCUGGGGAGUGAGUGCGCAGUCAGGUGUAGCGCUACACACAGACAUGCCUGCAUCAUUUCUGGCCAGUCACACCGUGCGGGCAUCAAGCAGCCUCCAGUCUACGGGAAAGCCAGCGGCAAGACGCUGUUAGCAGUCCGCGCCCUGUACAGAGGAACCUCUGGACACCACCAAUCGAUUGUAAGGGGAGAGGAUCUCGGUGCCAUCCCGCUGAUUAAAGGUUUCCUGCCUUCUCAGUUAUCUGGGAGUUGAUGUAUAAUGUCAUAUCCUCAGUUUGGCUACCCAUAUUCCUCCACACCUCAGUUCUUGAUGACCACCAAUUCCCUUUCGACCUGCUGCGAAUCCAGUGGAAGAAGUCUGUCCGACUCAGCCGCGGCAGCUUCAGCCCAGACCCCGGUCUAUUGCCCAGUGUACGAGAGCAGAUUGUUGGCAACUGCCAGACAUGAACUCAAUUCUGCUGCAGCUUUGGGUGUCUAUGGGAGCCCUUACACCAGUACCCAAGGAUAUGGAAACUAUGUUACCUACGGCGCUGAUGCCUCUGCCUUCUAUUCUUUGAAUGCAUUCGAGUCAAAAGAUGGCACAGGAUCUGCGCAUGCGGGAAUCCCCCAGACUGCUGCUUACUACCCCUAUGAGCACACACUCAGCCAGUACCAAUAUGACAGGUAUGGUACCAUGGAUGGGAGCACCCGAAGAAAGAACGCCACUCGUGAGACCACCAGCACCCUAAAAGCCUGGCUGCAGGAGCACAGGAAGAACCCUUACCCCACCAAGGGGGAGAAGAUCAUGCUGGCCAUAAUCACCAAGAUGACCCUCACCCAGGUCUCAACGUGGUUUGCAAACGCUCGGAGGAGGCUAAAGAAGGAGAAUAAGAUGACCUGGCCUCCACGAAACAAAUGCUCAGAUGAAAAGAGACCUUAUGAUGAAGAGGAAGAAGAAGAAGAGGAAGAAGAUUCCCAGAAGGCAACCAUCAAAAACGAGAAAAAAAUUGUUGACGAGGAAGUGGCCAGGGAGGACAAAGCCCUAGAUCUAAGCGACCUGGAGGACUUUGACGCCAUUGAGUCUGAAAGUUCUGAGUGUGAACUGAAACAACCCUUCCAUCACCAGCCCCAAGAUGGGCACCAAUUGAGGCAGAGAGAUUGUGUCAACGAUCACUGCAAAGACGUUAUUCUGAAGAUGCCAAUAACUCCAGCUGCUAAUCAAGAACUGGAUAGGACAAAGAUCUGCCACAAACCCGGGGUUGACCAAUGUGAACAAGACGUACUAAGAGGAAGACAAAGAGGUGGCGAAUCUAAAGCUUGCUUUCAGCAACAGCAAAUCUUGGAUUCCAAACCAAGAAUAUGGUCUCUAGCCCACACAGCCACCUCAUUAAAUCAAACUGAGUACCCAUCUUGCAUGUUAAAGCACCAAGGCUUGUCUUCUCCUUCUUCAUCUUCAUCCUCUUCUGCAGUCUCCACACCAGUUUGUGUCAUUGACAGACGUCAGGAUUCUCCAGUUACAAGCCUUAGAAACUGGGUUGAUGGUGUUUUUCAUGAUCCAUUGUUUAGACACAGUACUUUGAACCAGGCACUCACCAAUACUACGGUUUCGUGGGCCACGACCAAAGGAACACUGAUUGACUCUGGCUCCUUGGGACGUUCUGUUGGGAAUCCAACUAAUGCGAUCAAGGGACAGCUACCUAAUAUACCACAUGACACAAAUAAGGAGUUUAUUGCAUUCCAAAAGUCUGGAAGCAAGAUGUUCUGUUCCUAACAUAACCUUCUGAAACCCAGACGUAUUCCCUGCACUAAUAAUAAGUACUAUAGGGAGAUCUGUGGACAAAAGGUGAUGCUUUGAAUGGCAAAAUCAUUUCAAAUUUUGAUUUGGAAAAACAUUUAUUUUUAUUUAAAUUAUCUUUCCUAAGAAGGCUUGGUCAUGUGAAAACUAUUUAAAUAUCUAAAAAGCACAAACGAUUUAAGGCUAAAGUGUCGGAGCUGUUACAGUUUACAACCCAAAGUUUACAAAGGCAACAAGGAAACCGAACAAUCUCUACUUUAAGAUCUUAUUUAAGCUGCAUGAUAGAUUAGUUUAAGGUCCAUGGAAACUUUUUUUUUUUUUUGACUUGUUAGUGAUUCACGAGCAGCACUUUUAUCAAGUUUACACUUAUGCACAUGCUGGGCUUACCUUUGCAGUUCGAUUUGUUCUCUCCAAUAAAUUGUCUGUUACAAAGGUAAAAA